AUGGACUCAUGCGAAAAACCAGAGCGAUUAUUUUCUAAUUUAUCGCGAGAAUUGAAGUCUAUAGCAUUAAAUAACAUCCAGUAUUUUCAGAAUGGCAAACAAAGUCAUCAUGCUAAAUUCCAUAUGACAUUUAGCUUGCUCCGGGAAUAUCUUGAUAUAGGAAUAGAACCAAGUUAUCUCGAGAUUUGUAAACAUUUGAAUUUGUGUAGUUACGACUUUUCUGAGCAAGUAAAAGGAAAUGGUUACCGUAGUUUGCUUAGAGUGGUUCAUAAAUGCUGUGUACAUUUACUUCAGUUGUGUAAAUAUAUUUCUUCUGUUCGAGAUUCCAUAUUGUUUCGUAAAAGGUUUUAUGCAAAGGAACUUGAAAGGUUUGUGUAGAAUAUAUUAUUCAAAAUUAUACUAGUCCUAGUACUACUAAUUACUAGCAGCCUUUCUCACAUACCUACUGACAGAGUCAUCACCUGGUACAGGGUUUAGCUGUUUUUAUCCAUGUUCCAUGCCCAUGGAACCUUAAUAAAACAAUAACUAACUUUUAAUUGGGUCUAGUCACUCUAGUGAAGCGAACGUUUCGCAGUCUCGAGUCCCAUUAUUUGCACCUCAUUAGUCAUUAGCCCCACCAGUGGCAUGUGUGCAAGAUAAGUGUUGAGAGACAGAGAGCAUAUAUCAUCUGUAAACUUGGGUGGGGGGGGGGGGGGGCUUAAGACCACUUUGUUAGAGCACGCCAGGCUAAAGGGUGAGAUCAGAGCUGAGCUAUUUUAUUAUUGGAAUAAGUCAAUGCAUGUACAAAGAGACAUUUAUAGAAGUAAGUGAAUUAGAACAUAUUCAUCCAAUCAUGACAUAGGCAGAUGGGGACAUUGUAUCACUCUGUUGACACACACCUGCACAGAAGGGGUUUGUUUUAUUUCAAUUAUAUGAUGUCCAGGCAUGCAUGGGAGGAUAGUUAGAGUUAGGGAAUCAUUGGUUGAUCUGUUUUAUUAAUAUUGUAAAAUGUUUAUCCAAGCACAUCUGAGAAUAUCAAAAUAUGAAAGCAAAUUAAGAAGAUUUGUAAGAAGGUAGAAAUUAAGGGCAAUUAAGAUUAGAGUUAUCUUUUUUCUCCAAACCUGAUGUUUCUAGAGAAGUGAACAAAAAACAUCAUCACACUUCUUAUUCACAAAUUAUUUACCAGGAUUCUGUUUGAUUUCUUUGCUUUUUUUAAAGAGUAAACACUUUUUUGUUCAAAUAGUAUAGGCCUACAUUAAAAACAGACUGGAAAUUCAUAUCUGUUAUGUUUUAUAUAGGUUUUAUGUUGCCUAUUGGCCAGAGUUAGCGGUAAAAAUCAUAGUGGUUGAAGAAGAUGUAUAAAAAUAAUUGGUCCACAAAAUUAAAAGUUUGGAAAAUGUGAAUCUCUAAAAUGAUACAGAUUUUACUUAUUUUAAUAGGAGGGCCUACCUUUAGUCUAAAAACAAUAAAUGAUUAAUGGGCAUAUGCUUUUAAAGUUUAAAUGUAGGUCUGUGCUAAUAGGUUAUAAAAUUUUCAAGUAAUAAAGCAUUGCGAAUUUAUUUCCUGACUGUUAUUAUUGACAUACAUAGGCUAUGACAGGCAAAGGUAUGUACUUCCUUAUGUAUCUUUGAGUAUGCCUAAGCCUAGCCAACAGACAUAUAAUUUUGUUAAAACUUGACUAAUUUAUUACAAAUAGUGCCUAUCAUAAUGUUCUGAGUAUAUGCUGAUUUGUUUUCACAUAAUGUUAGUCUUUAAACUAGGGUUGCAGCCUACAGCCCGUAUGUAAAAUUUGUAAAAAAAAAAUUCAAGUAUAUACAAACACCAAACUUUUAUGCUGCAACUUAUAACCCAGAGCUGCCUCACCUCUUAAUUCAAAUAAUUUUUCAAUUACACUCAAUGUAUGCAUCCAUUUAUUUUUGCACCAAAUUUGAAGACUAAUAAAGUUAUUCUCUAUAGAGUAAUUUUAUAUGUGCUCACUAAGAACAUUGAUUCAUUCCAUAAAUUCUACAAUAAUUGUUCCACAUUUAGCUAUGUAUCUGCUCUUGGCCAGCUACGAGGUGUGCUCUAUUAUGCACUUAAACUUAUAAAUUAUUGUCAUGAUGGAGAACUCUUUGCUGAUGAAGACAGACUGAACAAUGAGGUUGCUGAACAGUUUGUGGUAGAUGUAGAAACACUUUGCCAGGAGUCCUUCUAUGGGAGAUGUUUGGGAUUUCAGGUGAAGAAAUAAACUCAUUACUACUUGUAUGAUCAAAUGGAAGUGGUUACAUUGCUUUUAUAUGUUUAUUGCUAUACUUCAUGGAUGAGUAAUGAGAUAAUUUUGUUUAAAGGUAAUAUUGCAUAUGUACGUAUAGCAUGGAGUUUGAGUCCUAAUAAAUGUAAACUUGUUUUAACGAAUGAUUCAAAUAAUUCAAACAUUUUCUUCAUUAUCAGAACCAUUAACCAAUGUAAUUUUAUUUAGUUGUGAAAAAGCUAAUUAAGUUUAAUGGGUCAAAGUUCGAAGUAAAUGUGUUUACAGGCUCUCAACUGCUGACAAAAUAAUUUUUUUUAUAAAAUUAGCAAAAUUGAUACUUGAACAAAGAAGAUACUUCGCCAAUUAAAAAAAUCUUGUGAUUAAGAUGUAUUUGUAUUUAUAGUUUAGGUAACACUGGACUGCCAAAACAUUUGGUACUAUAGAUUAGGGGUCUGGUCCUGAAAAAGAUUGAAUAUUAAAAUAAGACUGAUUCAACUCUAUUCCAUAACAUGGACUGAAAUGUCAAAAACUGCCAUCCAUAAUGUUAUGUUAAUGAUGUCCACUGAUAAAAUCUUCAAAUGCUUGCAAGGCCUUCAGUAAUUUAGAAUACAUUAUAAGUGAAUUCCAUUGCAACUGACUUGUAGAAUAAUAAUUUCAUUUUGCAUAGAGUAUAAAUGAAAGAUGACAUUAAGUGUGGUUAAUUAUUAUUAUUAUUGCAGUUGAACACAGUUAUGUCGCCGGCCAAGGUGUUUGCCAAAAAGUGUCGAGAUAACUGAUGAUUGUGAUAAACAAAAAGCAAUAUGGCGGCAAUAUAUUAACAUGUGCUUGAAAUUUCUUUAUGUACAUGAUGUGCGUUAAUAAAUGAGAAUGUACAUGCACAUGUUUUUGGAGUUUUUCUUUUUACACAACAGCGUUGUUGUGAUUUUUUUGAUGAAGCAAUCCAAAGUAAUUAUUAAAAACAGAAUUCCGACACAGGAUUGUCCACCUUGUGACAUUGACCAAGACAGUGAAAAAUUGUCUGUCUUUAUAUGUUAGAUAUAAACAAAUUAAAUUCAACAAAUUUUCUACUAAAAUGUGCAGACAUGUUUUUAAUUCAAUAUGGCCACCAGAUUAUGUAUCACACAAAUCAAAGAAUAUAAAAAUUACUCCAUACCAGGAUGCAUGAAAUACAUUGAUAUAGUACCAAAUGUUAUGAAAUUUAAUUUUUGGAUGUAGUGUCCACUUUUACAUGGAAUUCACCUGUACCUUUAAGGCCAUAGUUCUGCUGCAAUUAUUCAAAGUUUAAACUUAUAGAUAUCUUUUCAUGCUUUUUCAGUUUUGUGAAUCCAUGCAUCGACCUAUGCAAGUACUUGCUAUUGCCAUGGCUUCCUACUCUGAGGGCUACUUAGAAACAUCACAAAUGAUGCAAGUGGCAACCUCAGUUUUCAACAGUGGCAAAUAUUUCCUGGACCCAGAACUCAGAGCACAGCAGGUUCAGUCAAAUUUUAAUACCAGUAUUUCUAUUUAUCAGAGACAGAAAAGUGGCACCAUAAAACAAUUCAACAAAAAAUCCCCUUCAAACUUCAAAACUGUGAGGACUCAGUAUAUAACAAUGGCACACAUUUUAUUAAAGGAAAACUUGUUAUGGAUUGAAUUAUCAACUGCAAAGUAAUGUCAUAUUAGAAGUUUUCUGAACACUUAUUAUGUGAUGCUUCUUUAAAAUUACUGACAAUUUUGUUGUGUCAUGUGUAUCACAGCCCAGUCACUUUAUUGUUCAAUUUUAACCCUGAAAAAAAUGAUUUAAAUAAUAAUUUAAAAAAAAUUAAUGUACAGAAUUAAAUGUAUCUCGGCAAUAAUUUAAACAAACAGUACAUUUGUUUCUGUUAUCACGUGUUAAAACAGUACAUUUGCUUCUGUUAUCACUUGUUAAAACAGUACAUUUAUUUCUGUUAUCACGUUAAAACAGUACAUUUGCUUCUGUUAUCACUUGUUAAAACAGUACAUUUAUUUCUGUUAUCACGUUAAAACAGUACAUUUGCUUCUGUUAUCACUUGUUAAAACAGUACAUUUGUUUCUGUUAUCACGUUAAAACAGUACAUUUGCUUCUGUUAUCACUUGUUAAAACAGUACAUUUGUUUCUGUUAUCACGUUAAAACAGUACAUUUUUUUCUGUUAUCACUUGUUAAAACAGUACAUUUGUUUCUGUUAUCACUUGUUAAAACAGUAAAUUUAUUUCUGUUAUCACGUUAAAACAGUACAUUUGCUUCUGUUAUCACUUGUUAAAACAGUACAUUUAUUUCUGUUAUCACGUUAAAACAGUACAUUUGCUUCUGUUAUCACUUGAUAAAACAGUACAUUUGUUUCUGUUAUCACGUUAAAACAGUACAUUUGCUUCUGUUAUCACUUGUUAAAACAGUACAUUUGUUUCUGUUAUCACGUUAAAACAGUACAUUUGCUUCUGUUAUCACUUGUUAAAACAGUACAUUUGUUUCUGUUAUCACGUUAAAACAGUACAUUUUUUUCUGUUAUCACGUUAAAACAGUACAUUUGUUUCUGUUAUCACGUUAAAACAGUACAUUUGCUUCUGUUAUCACUUGUUAAAACAGUACAUUUAUUUCUGUUAUCACGUUAAAACAGUACAUUUGCUUCUGUUAUCACUUGUUAAAACAGUACAUUUAUUUCUGUUAUCACGUUAAAACAGUACAUUUGCUUCUGUUAUCACUUGUUAAAACAGUACAUUUGUUUCUGUUAUCACGUUAAAACAGUACAUUUAUUUCUGUUAUCACGUUAAAACAGUACAUUUUUUUCUGUUAUCACGUUAAAACAGUACAUUUGUUUCUGUUAUCACAGGUGGUCAAAGUGACAAGAACAGCUGACAUCAAAUUCUGCAAAGCUUUUUGGGGGUUUUCAGAGUCUAGCCUGAUGCAAGUAUGUAGUACCUAACAGUCUCCUCUAUCAGAGUCUAGCCAAAUGCAAGUAUGUAGUACCUAACAGUCUCCUCUAUCAGAGUCUAGCCUGAUGCAAGUAUGUAGUACCUAACAGUCUCCUCUAUCAGAGUCUAGCCUGAUGCAAGUAUGUAGUACCUAACAUUCUCCUCUAUCAGAGUCUAGCCUGAUGCAAGUAUGUAGUACCUAACAGUCUCCUCUAUCAGAGUCUAGCCUGAUGCAAGUAUGUAGUACCUAACAGUCUCCUCUAUCAGAGUCUAGCCUGAUGCAAGUAUGUAGUACCUAACAGUCUCCUCUAUCAGAGUCUAGCCUGAUGCAAGUAUGUAGUACCUAACAGUCUCCUCUAUCAGAGUCUAGCCUGAUGCAAGUAUGUAGUACCUAACAGUCUCCUCUAUCAGAGUCUAGCCUGAUGCAAGUAUGUAGUACCUAACAGUCUCCUCUAUCAGAGUCUAGCCUGAUGCAAGUAUGUAGUACCUAACAGUCUCCUCUAUCAGAGUCUAGCCUGAUGCAAGUAUGUAGUACCUAACAGUCUCCUCUAUCAGAGUCUAGCCUGAUGCAAGUAUGUAGUACCUAACAGUCUCCUCUAUCAGAGUCUAGCCUGAUGCAAGUAUGUAGUACCUAACAGUUUCCUCUAUCAGAGUCUAGCCUGAUGCAAGUAUGUAGUACCUAACAGUCUCCUCUAUCAGAGUCUAGCCUGAUGCAAGUAUGUAGUACCUAACAGUUUCCUCUAUCAGAGUCUAGCCAAAUGCAAGUAUGUAGUACCUAACAGUUUCCUCUAUCAGAGUCUAGCCAAAUGCAAGUAUGUAGUACCUAACAGUCUCCUCUAUCAGAGUCUAGCCUGAUGCAAGUAUGUAGUACCUAACAGUCUCCUCUAUCAGAGUCUAGCCAAAUGCAAGUAUGUAGUACCUAACAGUCUCCUCUAUCAGAGUCUAGCCAAAUGCAAGUAUGUAGUACCUAACAGUCUCCUCUAUCAGAGUCUAGCCAAAUGCAAGUAUGUAGUACCUAACAGUCUCCUCUAUCAGAGUCUAGCCUAAUGCAAGUAUGUAGUACCUAACAGUCUCCUCUAUCAGAGUCUAGCCUGAUGCAAGUAUGUAGUACCUAACAGUCUCCUCUAUCAGAGUCUAGCCUGAUGCAAGUAUGUAGUACCUAACAGUCUCCUCUAUCAGAGUCUAGCCUGAUGCAAGUAUGUAGUACCUAACAGUCUCCUCUAUCAGAGUCUAGCCUGAUGCAAGUAUGUAGUACCUAACAUUCUCCUCUAUCAGAGUCUAGCCUGAUGCAAGUAUCUAGUACCUAACAGUCUCUGCUAUAAUAACAAAAAUAAAAAUUAUUUUGUUAAAUAUUCAUUAUUAUUUAUUUCCCAAUGUACCAUCUCCUGGUGUUGAGGGAAAUAGUGGAUGUGAGACAAAGGGUAAUAGUGGAUGUGAGUCAAAGGCCAAAUUGGAUGUGAGACAAAGGGUAAUAGUGGAUGUGAGACAAAGGGUAAUAGUGGAUGUGAGUCAAAGGCCAAUUGGAUUUAAGACAAAGGGUAAUAGUGGAUGUGAGUCAAAGGCCAAUUGGAUGUGAGACAAAGGGCAAUAGUGGAUGUGAGUCAAAGGCCAAUUGGAUGUGAGACAAAGGGUAAUAGGUGAUGUGAGUCAAAGGGAUAUAGUGGAUGUGAGUCAAAGGCUAAUUGGAUGUGAGACAAAGGGUAAUAUUGGAUGUGAGACAAAGGGUAAUAUUCGAUGUGAAUCAAAAAAGGCCAAUUGGAUGUGAGACAAAGGGUAAUAUUGGAUGUGAGUCAAAGGGUAAUUGGAUGUGAGACAAAGGGUAUUAUUUGAUGUGAGUCAAAGGCCAAUUGGAUGUGAGACAAAGGGUAAUAUUGGAUGUGAGAAAAGAUUAAUUGGCAUGGAGAGAUCAAAUCUUUGAAUCUGAUUUCUUGUUUUGUUUUAAUGCAAGUUAAGGCAUGCUGGUCAUCUUGGUGGCCAGGAGGCUUGAGAUGUCAGAUUUCAGAGAAAGAAAUUUUUGUCCUAUAUUAUAGUUUCAACCAGAUAUUUAAUAUAUUGCGUUAAGGACCCUUCCUUCACUCAGCCUGUGGUCUUUGCCAGCUGCAUCUUCAAGUGCCAGCAGCGGCUUGUUGUGGGUGUUCAAUAGUGUUUUGUAAUAAUUGGUAGACGGCCAGUAAAGGACACAGAGUAGCUUGUACUUGUAGUGGGUGUUCAAUAGUGUUUUGUAAUAAGUGGUAGACAGCCAGUAAAGGACACAGUGUAGCUUGUAGUGUGUGUUCAAUUGUAUUUUGUAAUAAGUGGUAGACAGCCAGUAAAGGACACAGAGUAGCUUGUACUUGUAGUGGGUGUUCAAUAGUGUUUUGUAAUAAUUGGUAGACGGCCAGUAAAGGACACAGUGUAGCUUGUAGUGUGUGUUCAAUUGUAUUUUGUAAUAAGUGGUAGACAGCCAGUAAAGGACACAGAGUAGCUUGUACUUGUAGUGGGUGUUCAAUAGUGUUUUGUAAUAAUUGGUAGACGGCCAGUAAAGGACACAGUGUAGCUUGUAGUGUGUGUUCAAUUGUAUUUUGUAAUAAGUGGUAGACAGCCAGUAAAGGACACAGAGUAGCUUGUACUUGUAGUGGGUGUUCAAUAGUGUUUUGUAAUAAUUGGUAGACGGCCAGUAAAGGACACAGUGUAGCUUGUAGUGUGUGUUCAAUUGUAUUUUGUAAUAAGUGGUAGACAGCCAGUAAAGGACACAGAGUAGCUUGUAUUUGUAGUGGGUGUUCAAUAGUGUUUUGUAAUAAUUGGUAGACGGCCAGUAAAGGACACAGUGUAGCUUGUAGUGUGUGUUCAGUUGUAUUUUGUAAUAAGUGGUAGACAGCCAGUAAAGGACACAGAGUAGCUUGUAUUUGUAGUGGGUUUUCAUUAGUGUUUUGUAAUAAUUGGUAGACGGCCAGUAAAGGACACAGUGUAGCUUGUAGUGUGUGUUCAGUUGUAUUUUGUAAUAAGUGGUAGACAGCCAGUAAAGGACACAGAGUAGCUUGUAUUUGUAGUGGGUGUUCAAUAGUGUUUUGUAAUAAUUGGUAGACGGCCAGUAAAGGACACAGUGCAGCUUGUAGUGUGUGUUCAAUUGUAUUUUGUAAUAAGUGGUAGACAGCCAGUAAAGGACACAGAGUAGCUUGUAUUUGUAGUGGGUGUUCAAUAGUGUUUUGUAAUAAUUGGUAGACGGCCAGUAAAGGACACAGUGCAGCUUGUAGUGUGUGUUCAAUUGUAUUUUGUAAUAAGUGGUAGACAGCCAGUAAAGGACACAGAGUAGCUUGUAUUUGUAGUGGGUGUUCAAUAGUGUUUUGUAAUAAUUGGUAGACGGCCAGUAAAGGACACAGUGUAGCUUGUAGUGUGUGUUCAGUUGUAUUUUGUAAUAAGUGGUAGACAGCCAGUAAAGCACACAGUGCAGCUUGUAGCAGACCUGUUUGCUCUUACGAUUUUGUAAUAAUUGGUAGACGGCCAGUAAAGGACACAGUGUAGCUUGUAGUGUGUGUUCAAUUGUAUUUUGUAAUAAGUGGUAGACAGCCAGUAAAGCACACAGUGCAGCUUGUAGCAGACCUUUUUGCUCUUACGAUUUUGGCGAACAUUGUAUAAUUUUGAAGUUUAUACAUUAUAUAUACUGUAUGUUUAUUUUUUACUAUUAAUAUAAGGUAUUGAACGACUUUGUGAUGAUAUUGUACGAUUUUGAGGGUAAACAGGUUGUUGUAGUGUGUGUUCAAUAUUGUUAUGUCAUAAGUGGUAGACACCCAAAGAAGCACAGAGUUUGCAAGUGGUCAGGGCAGCCUAAAAGUUUGAGAAUCACUCAAUAGAUACCAAAGUUGAAAUUAAAAGUUUAGAUUUUCUCAUGGCUAACAUUUUCAUACCAUAUCAUAUUUGAAAGGUAAACAUUUCUCUUAUUUUAGCAACUGCCUCUCUUUGUGUGUCCAUCUGUUGAUGUCAAUGAGGUCAUCACUCUGGGACCAGAUGCCUUUGAACUGCCUUUGAUUGAUGGCAGCGACACUGUUGUAAUCACUCCCCCCUGUGCCCACACCGGCCCUGGUCACGUCCACACAAGACUGAUCUCGGCCAAUUUAAGGGAGGGUCAGGUAGGUCUUAUCAACCUAAACACCUGUGUGCAUUUCGUAUAGUGUAUGGUUAUCAGUGAGCGCACCUUGCUUUAACCCUAAAGCGUCCAUAAAUGUCCAAUAGUUUUGCUUACACUCUGUUGCAUCUUACACUGCGUUGUUUACUUUCAUCAAACUCUAGCACAUAUGAAACUCAUAAAAUUUCCGUUCAAACCAAGAAGUUCUUUUAAAUUUAUGUCACUUCUGUACUACGCCUCGUUUAAUUUUCUGAAAUUAAAAUAUUGUUUUUUAAAUUGAAUGACAUGAUAGCUGACAAUAUAUUGAUUUAAUGGCUAGGCAUUUUUAUGGUUGCUGAGAGUAGAAUAUUUUUAUCUAAUUAUGAUAAAGUCUCCAUUUAAGUAAGUUGUUGAUUUUUUAUUAGAUUUUAAAUAACAAUUUUUUGUGUUAUUUUUACUAAGGUAUAUUAUAAGACAAUUUUCAUGCAAAAUAAUUUUUAGCCUCUUCUCUUAAAGCCAGUAGGUUAGUGCAUUUACUUCAUUUUAGCCUCUUCUCUGUAAGCAAGUAGAUCAGUGCAUUUGCUUCAUUUUAGCCUCUUCUCUGUAAGCAAGUAGAUCAGUGCAUUUGCUUCAUUUAAGCCUCUUCUCUGUAAGCAAGUAGAUCAGUGCAUUUGCUUCAUUUAAGCCUCUUCUCUGUAAGCAAGUAGAUCAGUGCAUUUACUUCAUUUUAGCCUCUUCUCUGUAAGCAAGUAGAUCAGUGUAUUUACUUCAUUUUAGCCUCUUCUCUGUAAGCAAGUAGAUCAGUGCAUUUGCUUCUUAGUCUUUUUUCCCUCUCUAAACAAGAAAUUCCAGCGCACAUAAUGUUCACUUCCUCUCACUCCAGCAAACCUUGAAGAAAGCCACCAAAGCCAAAUCUCCAGCAUCAGCAAAACCCAACUCUGCCGGUUUGAUCAUUCAUAUCCAUGGAGGUGGCUUUGUGGCCCAAUCAUCUAAAUCUCACGAGGUAACUUUUUACAUCUGUAAACACUUUGUUUUCUUUUUUUACUUGGGCAUUAAUUGUUUCUCUGUUGUUUUAUUUCUUAGUAUAAAAUAUGUGGCGGCAUAAGCAGACGAUGAUUUUAAUCCCGCAUUAAAAUGGCGGCAGUCUUCCAACUUUAGGCAUUAAAGUUUUUUUAAAUCAAGUUUCAUCUUUUUCCCAAAGAAAAGUUACUUUUCCCUGUCCAUUCCACCCACCCACCCACCCUUGCAUCCACACUGUUGGUACAUUUGAGCACAUUACCAAGGCAGACGAGGUGUCAGUGCCCAAUGCUGCUUUAAAAGUUGUGUGAAAGUGUACAUGUAGUGGGGAAAGCCACUCAGAACCAACAGAGUUUUGGUUGUUUACACAUUUUUUUAUUUUCAAAAUGGUCAAUGCUCCCAGCCACUGCAUUGGUGUAAUCUCUUUGGCAAGUUUCGGUGUGUCAUAAGCUCUGCAAAAAUAAUCAACCUUAAUAUUUAAGUACUGUCAUUAAUAUGGACAUUAAAAAUUGGAUUACAAAACCAUCUGGUAAGAUGAUAUUCACAAAUUCAGUUAGUCUAUCCUGCCUAACAGUUCUGUUCUUGUGUUUUUGUCCAGGUCUACCUGCGAGAAUGGGCAGUAACUAUUGAUGCACCAAUUUUGUCUGUGGAUUAUUCACUUGCCCCUGAGUUGCCUUUCCCACGUGCCCUAGAAGAAUGUUUCUAUGCGUAUUCCUGGGCUGUUCUUAACUGUGAGCAGUUGGGUGAGUUGGCGAUUGAAUGGCACAGGGGUGUUGGAUGAUGGAUUAUUACUGGAUAGCAUUGUGUAAAAAUAUGGCUGCAAAAAGAAAAAAUGUUAAAAGCUAAACUUUGCCUUUAAGUCAGCUAAAGUUUGAACUAGAUAUAGAGAGAUUGAACCCUUGACAUGUAUGGGGCUUGGUAUGUGAUGUAUUUACUGUGCUACAUCAGGUUCCACUGGUGAGAAGAUUCUGAUUGUCGGAGACAGUGCUGGGGGAAAUCUAGCCAUCGCCACCGCCAUGCGAGCUGCAUCAUUUGGGAUCAGGCCACCGGACGCUGUAGUGGGGGUCUAUCCCUGCACCGUGGUCAGAUACACACUGUCCCCUGCCAGGCUACUCAGCCUGUUAGAUCCAGUGUUGCCAGUUGGCCUUAUCACAAGGUGUUUAGCAGGUAAAUUUCAUGUUGGUGGCAGUUUAUCCAUCAUAGCAGGUGAAAUAUAGAUUCCAUGUUGGUGGCAGUUUAUCCAUCAUAGCAGGUGAAAUAUAGAUUCCAUGUUGGUGGCAGUUUAUCCAUCAUGGCAGGUAAAUAUAAAUUCCAUGUUGGUGGCAGUUUAUCCAUCAUGGCAGGUAAAUAUAGAUUCCAUGUUGGUGGCAGUUUAUCCAUCAUGGCAGGUAAAUAUAGAUUCCAUGUUGGUGGCAGGUUAUUUAUUUAUUUAUUUAUUUUGGCAUUUUUUUAUAGCUCUAAGCGCUUUACAAUUAUUAAAAAUAUGUAAACUAUAAACUGCUAAAGUAAAAUGAAAAGGAAAAAACCAGAGACACUAGAAUAGUAACUACAAUGUGAAAAAUAAAAUAAUAAAGGUUAUCCAUCAUGGCAGGUAAAUAUAGAUUCCAUGUUGGUGGCAGGUUAUCCAUCAGUGCAAGGGCUGUCACCUUUUUUAGAAUAAAGACUAAAAAAAAAAGGUGACCAUAGGUUGUGUACCUUGACACUUCCAUCCUGAAACUACUUUAACUGUAUUGCAAUAACAACAGUUGAUUCAGCUGGAGAAGUUUGCUGUCAUUGUGAGUGCAAUAACAACAGUUGAUUCAGCUGGAGAAGUUUGCUGUCAUUGUGAGUGCAAUAACAACAGUUGAUUCAGCUUGAGAAGUUUGCUGUCAUUGUGAGUGCAAUAACAACAGUUGAUUCAGCUUGAGAAGUUUGCUGUCAUUGUGAGUGCAAUAACAACAGUUGAUUCAGCUUGAGAAGUUUGCUGUCAUUGUGCAGAUGAUUUGAUUUUUUGAUCAUCCUUAGAAAUAGGAAAAAACUACAUUAUUAAGGAACAGCAUUAACUGAUUUACCGAGGAAAGAGCACUAACAUCUGGACCAUUAUUUCUAAUGUAGUUUUGGGGGGAAAAGGAGUGUGUUGAGACAGAAUAUAUUUCAUAAACUUUGUCCUCAAGGUAAAACAGUUUAAUUUUAAUGGAGUUGAUUCUACUUUUGUCUUUUCCCUAGCCUAUGCUGGUAUAAAUGAGGAGCAUCCAUUAUCCACUCCCAAGAUGGAUGACAUCCACUCCCAGCAGAGCUUGACCCGCCUCCAGCUUGGCACUUACGAGACCCUGGAAAAUGACUGGCUCAUAAUAGCUCAGGAUGAAGGGCACGUUGACGAAAGCUGGUCCAACGUGGCAGACAGCCCCUGCAUCGGCCCACACGACUCGAGUGUGGUCACAGAAAACACAAUAAACUUACCUGGUCAAAGUGUGGUAAAAACAGUUCCAGGCGUUGGGCUCAGUCCAAGCAGCCCUUCACAACAAGUGAAUGGUGUGAGGCAGGAGGGUGAGUCUGAAAUCUUCUCACAGCUCAUGCACGACGGAAGUUGUGUUUUCCCGUCAAAUUCUGACAGAGUGAAGGUUUCUUCUUCGGACUCGGUUGGUAGCCUGGGAAGCUCAACAACUUCACCUGUCAUACCCCAAACAAAUGUGACGGCCGGUGCUGCUGGCAGUCGCAAGGGCCACAACACAUCAUUCAACUUAGUCAGGCUUCAAGAGCGGGCCAAACUUGUGAUGGCUGGGGCACAGAACUUGUUUUCAAGUCUGACUUCAUUUAUCCCUUCCUCUGGGGACAUCCCCCCUCACCGAGCCUCUGUCAACCCUAAACCAUCUAAAUCACAAUCAGAAACCCACAUACUUUCACUUCAGGCCCACACGCUUUCACCUCAGGUCCACACACCGCCUCUUGCAGCCAUAUCAUCCCCUCCUGACCUUGACCCUGAGGUCACGCACCCCGUGAAUUCAUCCAGGUUACAUCUUCCUCACAGCUUCAGUUCCCCGAGUGAUAUAUCAUUUCAGACGCCGUCAGACUCAAGGGACACGACCGAUGCCGGUCCUCUUGUCUCUGACGGGAACGGCUCAUCACGUCACAACAAUUCUUCAAAGGGAGGCUACAUUUGCAGUACUUUAAUCCCGUGUGAUACAAACUCCCCAAACUCAGUGUCAUCCUCUCAUCCAGACUCAUCUCAGGAAUUUGACACGGCUCUCUCCUCCCCCUACACUCCUACCCCAGAUCAAGUCAGGCUAGCGGGAUUUGCUCAUGAUGAUGCUCAUUGUACUACUGUGCACACACAAGAACCAACUGGUGAUGCAAGUAUUGGACAUGUACUCAGUGGCAAUCAUCAUCAUAAUAUUACAGAAUUUGAGGGGCCACCUGUUGGUUUGUGUGACAGUGAAGACAAUCAUUGUUUGACAUCUAACUCAACCCUGGGACAAGCAGGUGGCAUUUCUGAUGACUGGUCAAAGAAUGACGCUGACCAAAUCUUGACUGACGGUAGUGACCUCUGUGGCCAUGAGGUGUUCAUGACUGAACCAUCACUCAAUGGCGGCUUGUUGUCUGGGGAUGUGACCAAAGUCAAGGAAAUAUUGACUGGUGACCCUCCUGAACAAGGGCCCUUAUCUGACAAUAUGGAGACUUUUGUCUGUGAAGACAACCUUUCCAGUGGAGCAGUGUCCCCUGACAUGCUGGUGGACUUGCCUGAAGAAAACAGACAGCUUCUGGUAGACGCCAUGGAGACGCUUGAGUCGAUAGACUCAUCCCCUGUUGAUGGGUUAGGUGAUGUGGACAAAUGUGUUUUGUAUACACCAUUAGAUGUACGACCUCAGAUAGGUAACACUCAUGUAGAUACAGUGUGUCCCGGCAACUCUGAGUGUGAUGAACAUUGUGUCAGUGUGACUGACCCAGCACCUCAAAAGUCACUGGUCGCAAGUAAACCACCCAGCACUUUGAACUUAAAGUGCACAUCCUCCGUGGACGCUAAAGUGGUCAGGUCAGAUACAAGUGUUUGUAGUCCCACACCGGAUGUGACAUCUGUCUCAGCCCAUCCAGUGAAAGCUGGAUUACCCCAGCAUUCCAAGCUUAUCCGAAGUGGCUCCGCCCCUGUCCUUGUCUCCACGAGUCAUCCCGGUGAAUUAGACUCUCAGCCCUUGUCUGCACUGACAUCAAUCACAGGAUUUGCACAUCUCUAUAAGGUCAGUGCAGCCUGUAACAUUCAGGUUUUAAUAAUAAAAUACUUGUUGGUCCUAUUUUUAGUGAGACAGAUCGGACAAUGGCGCCCUGUUUAGGUUAACUGUUAUCUGCUCCAUUUAAAUGACAUUAGUAACAGAAUAUUAGCCCAAAGAGAUGUCAUUUGAUGGAGUGCCUGGUCUGUGUUGUAGCUUUGACUCAAAUAGCACUAUCAAUAGUAAUGGUAGAUCUUCAAUUUAAUUGUUUGAAAAUGAUAAUAUUGCUUAGAUAUUAAAAUGGGUGAUAUCCAACCAUAAGGAACAGAAGCAUUGCUUACAUCCAAUUUUUUUUAUUACAAUAUUAUCAUUUUCAAACAAUUUAAUUUAAUAAUUUCAACCCAAAAUAAACUAGAGGGAGAUGAGGAAAAUAGAUUACUUCAUCACCAAAUCGGUCAAAUGCUACCAUAACCUCAUUAAGAAACUAUCAGUAAUUACAUAAAGACACUUCUUCUUUAUUUUGAGUAUGAAUAUCAUUAUCAGGAAAAUCAUUUUUAGAAUUAAUUCAAAAGAAAAUUUUUGAAAUGCUAUUCCUGAAUUUGCACAGUUAAUAAAUAAAGUUCACUUGACAUGUUAAGUUUUGUCUACCACUGCCACCGCUCUAGAUCAUAGAUUACAUGCAUUUUAAUUUUUUUCGACAACUAUUUUAGAUCAAUGAUCAGAUACAUUUUAAGUUUUGUCUACAACUUACUAUAAAUAGAUAAUAAUAAUAAAGUUUAUUUGAAAAUCACGCUUCAUGCCCAAAGGCUCGUCGUGCGAUUACAAAGUCAACCAUAUUAAAAGAUCACAUACAUGUUAAAUUUUGUUUACAACUGUUUUAGAUAAUAGAUCACAUACAUUUUAAGUUCUUUCAAGAAGUGUUUUAGAAUGAGGAUAAAAGAUUUUUGCUGAACUUUUUCAAUACAAACUUAAACAUUUCUGAGAAAGUCCCAAUUAAUAAAUAAACCUUAUUAAAAAUAUUUCUGCAUGUCUGUGUUUCAUCUUUUAACAGCUGCUUCCUAUGAUAUUUUGUCAUUUGAUUCUUGUUGGAAUUAUUGACUUACCAUGAUGUCUGUUAACAUCAAUUUCCUUUGUCUGCCACAGACAGGGAUGUCCCCAGCAGACUUUGACACACAGAAUUUCUCCAGCCACAGUCCACUCCACAAGCUGAGGAAAGCUCCAGUGGUCAAGAAUCCCUACAUGUCCCCUUUGCUGGCACCGGAUGAGCUACUGAAAGGCUUGAAAAGAGUCUGCCUUGUGGUGAGCAGUUCACUUGAUCCCAGUGCUUCUUCGUUUGUAUCAGCCAUUGGCUGGUGUCGUCUCUCAGUCUCAUUGUUUGCUUUCUUAAGUUUUCAAUAUAUACAUUGAGUGAUGUUUCCCGAAUUUAUGCAGAAGAGGUUGGGGGAGUGUAAAUUUUUAUUUAGAUUCUUAUGCUUAUCCCCCAUGCACAGCUUUGAUCUUAAUACAUGGUGGAAUUGUUAGGAAAUAUUUUAAUUGGCAUUUUAUUGAUUAGUUCAGUUUAUAAAGUCAUUACUUUAAAGAAACAAUGCAUAAAAGGUACCUUGAUUUCAAUCAAGUAUUCUCUUAAUAUUAUCUCGAGCUUUCUCUGCAACUGAAAUGAAACAGUUAAUCCAUGUCACAACAGGCCUGCCAUCUGGACCCACUUCUUGAUGAUUCUGUCAGCUUCGCCAGGAGGCUCCACAAACUUGAUGUGCCAGUAGAGCUUCAUCUUGUUGACGAUUUGCCCCACGGGUUCCUGAACUUUGCACUUCUCAGUUACGAGGCCAAACAAGCUUCUGAU